AUGAACAAUAUUGAUUAUAUAGAAGAUGGUCCUGAUCUCGAUGAGUUGUUAAAAAAAAUAAGUGCUACUUAUAAGGAAUGUAAUAAGUAUGAUAAGUAUAUAGAAAAGGAUGAAGAAUACAUAGAGGAUGAUGAUAUAGAAGAGGAGAAAAUAAAUGAUAAAAAAAAAAAAAAUAGUAGUAAUAAUUAUUACAAUAAAAAUGAAUAUUCCCUUAAUAAUAAUAUGAAUAAAUAUAGUUAUGAUAAUAAUAAAAAUUUGAAUGUUAUAAAGAAUAAGAAAGUUGAGACAUUUAAGAAAAUUGAUGAUAUUAAGAAUAUCAUAAUUAACGAAAAAAAAAGAAAAAACAGUAGUACACAUGGACACAUAAAAAAUAAAAAUGAUAACAUAUUAAGACAUUUGAAUGUAAGGAGAAAAAGAAUAGUACAAAGUAGUGACGAAUCAGAUGAGAUUGAAAAAGGUACAUCCAAGAAGAGUAUUAUAAAAUAUUCAAAAAAGAGGAAAAGUACAAAGUAG